CAGGAUCGCCUUGGCGGAGAUGGGCGGGGCCUGUGACGUCAUGAGUCCGGCCCGCUGGAGCUGAGCGAGGGGCCGGGGGGCGCGGAUCCUGAGAGCCAGGCGAGGGAAAGCUGGGCCGAAAGAACUGAUCCGGGGAGCCGUGAGAGGUGGAAGCCGGCCUGGAGCCGGACACUUCAGACCCCUGACUGCCCUCCCAGCCGAUCGGUACACGAAGAGUGGUCCCUAGGCACCCCCUGCCCGGGCCCAGUCCCUCCCCGGGCCCCCCAUGGCCCGGGCCGCAGUCCUCCCGCCGUCCAGAUUGUCACCGACGCUGCCGUUGUUGCCGCUGCUACUGCUCCUGCUUCAGGAAACAGGAGCCCAAGAUGUGCGGGUACGAGUGCUUCCUGAGGUUCGGGGCCGCUUGGGAGGCACUGUGGAGUUACCGUGCCACCUGCUCCCACCCACGACGGAGCGCGUCUCUCAGGUGACCUGGCAGCGCCUGGAUGGCACAGUUGUGGCUGCCUUCCACCCAUCCUUCGGCGUGGAUUUCCCCAACUCUCAUUUCAACAAGGAGCGUCUGUCCUUUGUCAAAGCAAGACCGGAAACAAACGCGGACCUGCGGGAUGCCACUCUGGCCUUCCGGGGACUGAGGGUGGAAGACGAGGGCAAUUACACCUGUGAGUUUGCCACAUUUCCCAACGGUACCCGCAGGGGAGUGACCUGGCUCAGAGUCAUAGCCCAGCCUGAGAACCACGCUGAAGCCCAGGAGGUCACAAUUGGCCCCCAGUCGGUGCCUGUUGCCCGCUGUGUCUCCUCGGGGGGCCGGCCCCCUGCCCGAAUCACCUGGAUCUCAUCCCUGGGUGGUGAGGCAAGAGAUAUUCAGGAGCCAGGAAUACAGGCUGGCACAGUCACUAUCAUCAGCCGAUACUCCUUGGUGCCCGUGGGCCGAGCGGAUGGCGUCAAGGUCACGUGUAGAGUAGAACACGAGAGCUUCGAAGAGCCCAUCCUGCUGCCGGUGACCCUCUCCGUGCGCUACCCUCCCGAAGUAUCCAUCUCUGGCUAUGAUGACAACUGGUACCUUGGCCGCAGUGAGGCCAUACUGACCUGUGAUGUACGAAGCAACCCAGAGCCCACAGGCUAUGACUGGAGCACGACCUCAGGCGUCUUCCCAGCCUCCGCAGUGGUCCAGGGCUCUCAGCUGCUUGUCCACUCUGUGGAUCGAAUGGUCAACACUACCUUCAUCUGUACCGCCACCAAUGCAGUGGGGACAGGCCGUGCUGAGCAGGUCAUCCUGGUGCGAGAGUCACCCAGCAUAGCAGGAGCAGGGGCCACAGGCGGCAUCAUUGGAGGCAUCAUCGCUGCCAUCAUCGCCACUGCAGUGGCUGGCACAGGCAUCCUCAUCUGCCGACAACAGCGGAAGGAGCAGAGGCUUCAAGCUGCAGACGAGGAAGAAGAACUGGAAGGACCUCCCUCCUAUAAGCCACCCACCCCGAAGGCCAAGCUGGAGGAACCAGAGAUGCCUUCUCAACUCUUCACUUUGGGGGCCUCGGAGCACAGCCCAGUGAAGACGCCAUACUUCGAUGCUGGUGUCUCUUGUGCUGAUCAGGAGAUGCCUCGGUAUCAUGAGCUGCCCACCCUGGAAGAGCGGUCAGGGCCCCUGCUGUUGGGGGCUGCAGGUCUGGGACCUUCUCUUCUUGUGCCCCCAGGACCCAAUGUUGUGGAGGGGGUUUCCCUGGGUCUCGAAGAUGAGGAGGAAGAUGACGAGGAAGAAGACUUCCUGGAUAAAAUCAACCCUAUUUAUGAUGCCCUGUCCUACCCCAGCCCCUCUGACUCCUACCAGAGCAAAGACUUUUUUGUAUCACGGGCCAUGUAUGUGUGAGGGAGGCACAGGGGCUCUGACUUCUCACCUUUCACCCUUGACCAAUCAGCUUUCCACUGGUGAUCUAGGACACUCUUGACUUCCAGGCAGGCCAGGGACAGCUAUCACCCAUGCAAUCCACCUGUGACUUCUUAGUGGCUCCACCAUGAUGUCCAACCUAUGAUUUCUGAGGCAGGUAAACCUGCAUAACUGGAAACCUGGAAAUUUUAUCUCCUGAGGCUGGGAGCUCAGCAUAUCCUUCUGCACCACCUGUAACCCCCUCCAGGACUCCUAAGACUCUGACCCUUUGACCAUGCCAUUCACCGAACACUUAAAGUCCCAAAGAAUUCCGGACCUUGCACUUGUCCUCAGGCAGUAGAGUCCCAAUAGAUAUGCAAGAACGGGAUCAGGGGCUCCCUGCUGCUAAGACCUGAGCCCUCCAGGCAGCAGAAGCUCAUCUCAUCCCUUCCCACCCUGCUCCCCAAAGGUGAAAAGGAGAGGAUUCCCCAAUGUAAGGUAUGACCUCCCCAUCUCCACCCACUCCUGCAGGCAGGAAUCUCAGGGUUCACACCCUCUCCUCAUCACCCAGCACCCCAGUUCCUGUCUCCAGAGCAUGAAUUCCUGGUCCAGUGCUGGAGGGGAGAGCCUAAUGCAGUGUGCCUUCCCACCCCAAGUUUGGGAGAAUCUGCUCUUAUCCUGAAGACUACUGAAUUCUUUUAACCCCUACCCAGUGAGAUGAGAACUACACAUCCCUCUUUAGGGGAUGGUGUGUUUGUGUGUGUAAUGGAGAAUCUGGACAUCUGGGUUGGGAAUAUUAUUUUGUAAGCAUUUCCUACAUAAUAUGAGUUUAUACUUUGAUAAA